GUCAAAAGGUAUACAUCAGAACACAUCGGAAGGAAAGUCACAGACGUUAUAAUAAAAUAUAUUUAGAGUAAUUAGAUACUCUAAAGUCCUGCCAUUGACUGCAAUUGUCGUUGUUGCCACACGAGCAGGACAAUAUGAAUCCACUCAGUUCAGAGAAGGAAACAUUGAUGGAUGAAAUCGAAAAGAGUUUAUGGAAUUUAACUGAGGACAAUUUACGCGACAUGUGUGAACGCUGUGGAAUGGAUGGCUCUGAAAUUAAAGGGAUGAAUCAUCGCUUAUUAAGGCGUAAAGUCAUGGAGGAAAUGUGGGACAAUACGGAGUCAAUGAAAUCAGAGGAGCAGGGAAUGUCUUGGUUAGUCCAACUGAAAGAGGACAUCAGGAGGACACAGGAGGAGGGUAGCAGUGCACUCAUGAGUCCCGGCCAAUCAGAGGAUGUAGACCGCAAUGAAGAACACAACAAGGGGGACGGGGAUUGGUUGCCUAGCAACGGACUGACAGCGGAACCCUCGCAUCCCAGCCAAUGCGAUGAUGAUGCUGUCGACUGCGAUGAAGAAUGGAAUGGAGAGGGAGGAGCUGGGUUGCUUAGCAACGGACUGGAGGCGGAGUCAGCUCCAGAGAGCCACAGUUACGACAAGCCUCCACCACCCCCCUCCCCUCUCCCAGAGUCUCCAGGUCGUGCCUCUCCCGGUAGCGCCUUAUUGUGCGGUCUGAAGAGGGUGUCUGUACGCCUCGACGACUGCAGGAAGACACCGGGGCAGAGUAGCCAUAUAAUACACAAGACAACACAGACGGGAGAGAAACCCCACAGCUGGUCUAAUGCUGAACAACACAAAACCCUCUCGGGAGACAGGCCUGGCUCCCAUAUCUGUGAUCAUUGUGGGAAGAAUUUUGUCACAGCUACAAAUCUGAAAACACAUUUACUGUGUCUGUCUGGAGAGAAACCUUACAUGUGCUCUGAAUGUGGAAAGAGAUUCACGCAGGCCGGCAAUCUUAAGAGACACCAGAGAACUCAUACUGGGGAGAAGCCGUUUGUUUGUCCUCGUUGUGGGAAAGACUACAAUGAUUCUGGAAACUUAAAGAAACACAUGAGGUCCCAUGCUGUUAAACAACACACAGGGAACCCCAAAGUGAAACCUUACCUCUGCUCUGAUUGUGGGAAGCAAUUCAUUGGAAAACAAAGCCUUGAAUAUCACCGGGAGGUUUUUCACACAGACCACCCUCACCGCUGUGGUCAAUGUAAGAAGAGCUUCAUAACUGCAGAAAGAUUGGAAUCGCACAUAAAAACAAGGCACCCGCCAAGUGACCCUCUGAAGAACCCACAUGUGUGCUUGGAAUGCGGAAGGGGAUUCCCUGUGGCCGCCAGUCUUAAAAGACACCUGAGAAUUCAUUCUGAGGAGAAACCGUACUCCUGCCCUCAGUGUGGAAACAGUUACAGUGAUCGUGGAAAUUUAAAGAAACACAUCAGAACUCACACAGAAGAGAAACCCUACCACUGCUUGGUGUGCGGGAUGAAAUUUCGUCAUACAAAAACAUUACAACGGCAUCACCAGGAGAACCACAAGGGGGAGACACUGGGUCCAAUCCACAGGCACCAAGACCCUCUUCCAUGCCCCCACUGCGGGGAGGUGUUCUCUACCAAGGCUCUUCUGAAGGAUCAUGUACGGACCCACCCUAGCCGGGUCCACUGCUCCCAGUGCGACAAGACCUUUUCCAAUAAAGGUAACUUACUUGUUCAUCAGAGGAAACACACUGGAGAGAGGCCUUACCUUUGCCCUCAGUGUGGGAAGAGUUUCUCUCUGGCAGGGAGUUUAAAACUUCAUCUCCGGAUUCAUGCGGGUGAGAAACCAUACUGCUGUACUUACUGUGACAAGAGAUUCACAAGGAAGGGCCACUGCAAUAGCCACAUGCGAAUCCACACUGGAGAGAAACCGUACCAAUGCCCUGACUGCGGGAGGAGGUUUGCUGACGGGAAUGUCCUGAAAAACCACCGGCGGACCCACACAGGAGAGAAACCGUUCCAGUGCCGCAUGUGUGAUAAAGCCUUCGCUCAGUUGACCAGUCUGAAGAAACACCAGGAGACACACAGCCAUAAUCACACUGUAAGAUAAAGCCUUCGCCCAGUUGACCAGUCUGAUGAAACACCAGGAGACACACAGCCAUAAUCACACUGUAAGAUAAAGCCUUGGCCCAGUUGAGCAGUCUGAAGAAACAUCCAGAGACACAAAUCCAGCCCGUCUCUGUCGGGAAUCGCUACGUACCACACAAUCAGUCCAUCCCUAAUGCUUACCCACCCUGUCUCUUCGCUACGUACCACACAAUCAGUCCAUCCCUAAUGCUUACCCACCCUGUCUCUUCGCUCCGUACCACACAAAUCAGUCCAUCCCUAAUACUUACCCACCCUGUCCCUUUGGCCCUCACCAUGUUGGCAGUUCUAGGGAGGGAUUUGGGACCAGGGGACUGAAGUUACCAGACAAACAGCUGUAAAUACAACUUUGUAUCUCCGACUUCCUCUCAUUAGGGGCCAUCGGAAGGCAUUGGAUCAGGUGUCUUCUUGAUCUCUGGUUGUAAAAGACUUGUCUUACCAACCAUGACCAGUUCAUUUUAAAUGACAAAUGUGGGUAUCCUGUUAGCCUGACAUCCCGACCUGUUUUGUGCUAACAUUCCACUCUCCAUGCCAUGUUUGGCAUAUCAGAAUGAGAAAAAUGGAUACUGUGUGGACUGUAAGCACAACGAGACUGCUACCCAGGCUAGUAUCUUGUAUGUCUAACAAAUAAUAUUUUUUUCUGUCUCAAACUGAAAUGAUUCUGCUCGGCUCCCCGUUCAAGUUGAGUUCACAUUUUAGCCCGGGAGUUUUUGUAUUAACUGUUGAUGUUUAGAUAUGUUGUCCAUUUGAAUUUAUUGCUGAACCACAACAAGAGUUAAUAAAAAUUAUGACAGCAA